AUGAAACACGCAUCUGAAAUUCAUUUCUGCUUGGGUAAGAACCACACAUACGAACGUUGUGCGCUAGACGAGCGCUGUAGAGAAAAGGAAUUUCCAAUGACAACGCUCACUCGGAGGCUGCACUUUUACAAGAAUGACGUGACGCGGGGUUACACCAACCCGAUGCGGCGCUGGGUGUACCACUAUUUGCUUGGAGGUCUUGCACUCGCUGGAGGCGCCUAUCUCUGGGGGCGGUAUCAGCUUGCCGCGUGGGAGGCGUUGCGACAUCCUGACAGAGGUAAUCAUCUUUGCUCAGCUGGCACCUUGGAGCUGUUGUUGCUACUUCCUUUGAAUUAUGCGUCUCACGCGUUUGGAUGCUUUACUGAGAGCGUCUACGUCGCGGAAUCCGUUCACCGCUUACUCAUUAAGGCUGUCAUGUGGUGGUAUAACAUCGAUAUCUCCGAUGGGAAGCAGCAGGAAUUUUUAACCCUCCAAGACUUUUUUGUGCGGGAGUGGGGAAGUGAGGCGCGCCCGUUAGCCUCGUCCCCCGUGACACUGCCCUCAGAUGGGGUUGUGCUCUCAGUUCAAGAAGAUGUUUUGGAAGAGCAGCUUGUUCAGGUGAAGGGGAUGACGUACAGCAUCCGGCAACUUUUUCAUAGCCCCAUGGGUCCGGUGGCAGAGGGACAGAAACGAGUGGCCAUUGUUGUGCACCUGCGCACACAAGACUAUCACCAUGUCAUUGCCCCAUGCUCAUUUAAAUGUAGUGAGGUUGUGUACAUUCCUGGGGCGUUACUUCCACACACACCGGCUGGCUUUCACUGGAUUCCCUCUGUCUUACCUCUGAAUGAACGCGUAGUGCUUUUGGGGCGUGUUCAUGAUGGUGACUUGCGUGGAAACAUCGGGAUUGCGAUGGUGGGCGGCACCCUUACAGGACGCAUCGCACUCCACUUUGAUGGUCGUAUUAAAACAAAUUUCUUAGACCCACCCGAGUAUGCAGUUCAUCGGCUAUACACAAGUGACCCGUUGCUCCGUAAAGGGGAUCCGCUCUCGACGUUUUACUGGGGAUCCUCUGUCGCACUCGUGGUAGAUGUGCCGCGGGAGACCUUUGUCACAGUCAAGGCGGGGGAUUUGGUGAAGGCAGGUGAAAGACUGAUCACAUAUUAA